AUGGCAACGAUGCAGCCACAGUACAACAUGGCCGACCCUGCAGAGAAGAAGAACGACAGACCGAACGUAACGCCGGCACCGAUUUGGAGACUAGACUGCUGGACGAACCACAUUGUGAGAGUCAACAGGUUGGCAACUAGUGACGCGAAGGCGAGGAGCUUGCUCAGUGCCAACAGACACGACUUGGUAGUGGUGGCACAGGUCCAAACCGCAAGGGCCACUCCCAUGAGCGUGCCGAGGAUGGCGGUUGAAAUGGCAAGCGUGAGCGUCGAUGGACCCAAUGCGCCGCAGGUUCGAUUGAGGAAUUGA